AUGCUACUGUCGUCAUCAUCAGGACCAGGACCAGGACCAGGAACUGAUGCAAGAUAUGCAACUUCAAGUAUCUACAAGCUGUCAACCUCAAAGGUCAUCACUGGCCUAGUCCUCUUCCGCCUCAUCAACGCCACUCUCAUCAACACCUACUUCAGCCCAGACGAAUACUGGCAGGCCCUCGAAGUCGGACACAAUAUUACUUUCGGAUAUGGCUACCUGACAUGGGAGUGGCUCGUAGGUCUCCGAUCUGUCCUUCACCCCGCCGUCUUUGCUGCCCUCUACAAGGGCCUUAGUCUCUUCGGUCUUGAUGACGGGUCUCUUUUUAUCUAUGCACCGAGGCUCCUCCAGGCACUGUUUGCUGCCCUGGGCGACUUUUACGCGUAUCGGUUCGCGGAUCGCCUCUUUGAGAACCAAUUGACUGCCAACUGGACUUUGUUCUUGACGGUAGCCAGCUGGUGGAACCUUUUCUGCUCGACCAGGACCCUCGCCAACUCAAUGGAAGCGUCGUUAACCAUCAUCGCCCUCUAUUACUGGCCCUUCAUUGGAUCGCCCUCAAGGAAGACACAAGGAAACUUGAAGCUGUCGCUUUUCAUCGCUUCCUUGACGUGUAUCUUUCGUCCUACUGCAGCUAUCUUGUGGCUCUUCCUGGGUGGUUGGUUCAUCUUGGGACUAGUGUGUCAAGGCCGCUGGGCUAGUGUCAUCUACACCGGCCUCAACGUCACCGUUAUUGGAGGCGGAGCAAUUGUGGCGUCAGCGGUGCUGGACAAGACCUUGCUCUACAACGAAUGGGUCUGGACACCAAUCAACUUCCUCCGCGUUAACGUCCUCGAGGGUAUCUCACUCUUCUACGGCUCCUCACCCUGGCACUGGUACCUCUCCCAGGGCCUCCCUAUCCUCUUUGGAAUAUACAUCCCCCUUGUCCUCAUCGGAACUUACCAUGCCUUCCAGGCCAGCACAGGACUCAACGCCACCCUCAAACGACAAGUUCUCUACCUAUCACUCUGGGUUGUCUUUGUCUACUCGGCCCUCCAGCACAAGGAAUGGCGCUUUUUGUAUCCAAUCUUGUACCCGCUUCUGCCCUUUGCCGCUGACACCAUGCAAAGGCUGUUCCUGUCGAGUAGGGACUGGAAGAAGUCAAAGUCGAGGAUCGCGAUUGUAGCAGCGCUUUUGGUUGUAAAUGGCGUCAUGGCCUGGUACACGACGUUGGUACAUCAGCGUGGGGUCGUUGAUGUAAUGGAUUGGGUUCGGGAAACUUCACGGAAAUCAGGCGGUCAAGGACAGGAUCUGUCGUUUGGGUUCAUUAUGCCUUGCCAUUCUACGCCGUGGUACAGCAGUAUCCACCUUCGUGAUGCUAAACCCUUGCCCAUGUGGUUCAUCACCUGCAGCCCACCUCUCGGGGAUGUUGACCCAACAACGUACAAGGACGAAUCUGACAUCUUUUACGAGGACCCAGUCGCAUUUAUGGACAACCUAUUCAAGAACCGCUCACCUACAACAAACCCCAAGGAGAGUCACCUCGUCUUCUUUGAAGACUUGAUCAACACGACGCCCGAUAUGCGCGUUUGGCUUGAUAGCCAAGGAUACCAUGAGGCGACGUAUAUGUGA